AGGUCAGCCGUACCGAGCUCUGCAGACGACCUGCCAGCUCCGAGCCGUCAGUCCGAGGUCGGCAGCCGGCGCUGAAGGCCUGCCAUCUCUGUGUCCGUGCCACCAUGUCGGCCCUCAGCGGCGGGGUGGCAAUGCUUCUUAGUUUAGCCCUGCUCAUCGUGACGGCCGGCUGUGACGAGGGCCAUUCCGUCCCGCAGGGGGAAGCUACACAGCAACUGGUGCGUGAUCAACUGCAGUCAGGAACGGCACGUCUGGAGAGCAGGCUAGAGUCGAGGAUGCAGGCUCUGGAGCGCGGAAUGGAGUCACGCUUGGAGUCCAUCGAAGACAGGCUGACUCUGCUCGACUCCCGAAUGGAGGAGCUGACCGGCCGACUGGACGGCCAGCAGACUCAGCUGGACGAGGUCGUCACCCAGCUGAACGGCCAAAAAUCCCAGCAGGACGAGACAACAGUCACUGUGAACGACCUCGCAGAACGACUGAGUGCUAUCGCCACCAACAUGGAAAAACAUGUGACUGAAAUGCGUCAAUUGGCUACAAGGCUCGACAGCCAGCACUCACAGCCGGACCAACUCGAUGUUCAACCCACAGAACAAAAAACCAUGGACAGUGACGCUACAGUGACUAUAGAUAACGGUACAGUGAACCAGCAGUACCCACGUGAUUGCAGCGACCUGCCUGUCGACUCCCCAUCUGGAGUCUACCUCCUUCGGCCGAGUGGCGAUAGCCAACAACCACCCGUCGAGGCGUACUGCGAUAUGGACACUGACGGAGGGAGGUGGACGGUCUUUCAGCGGAGAGACAACAUCCAACCCCGCCAGGACUUCUACCUCGGGUGGAAGGAGUAUAAGGAGGGAUUUGGUAAUGUAGCCCAGGAAUUCUGGUGGGGCUUGCAGAAAGUGAGGCAGCUGACCUCAUCAAACGACCGACGGUACGAGCUACGUAUCGACCUAGAGGCGUUCGACGGCAAUCGAUCAUACGCUACAUACCAGGGAUUCGGCGUCUCGUCUGAGGUGGACGGCUACAGACUGAGCGCCUCCAAUUACACGGGAACUGCCGGGGAUGGUCUGCGGCUGAACGUGAAUAUGAAGUUCUCGACCCGUGACCGUGACCAGGACGACUCGUCUUACCGUCACUGUGCACAGCGCCGUCAGGGGGCCUGGUGGCACGGAGCGUGUGGGUCCAGCAGCCUGAACGGACCGUACAGGGACGGCGGCGAGUGGGCCAUCACUGGAAUAUGGUGGUGGAAGUGGAGGGACUAUAACUCACUGAAGAAGACCGAGAUGAAGAUCAGGCCCGCGUACCUAACUAAUCUCGACACAAAGGAGGACAUCACUGUGGUGUAGCUAACCAGGUGACAAGUGCACCGUGCCGCUGCCACGGUCAUUAACUAACUAGCACUAUAAUGUGCGAUUAUCUAUACACAUCUGUUAAAUUUUACUCAGUUAAUAUCUGACUAGAUGGUGCUAACUGCUAUUUUGUACUUAUGUUGGUCUUUGGAACAUAUAUAAUUGGCAUUGUAAUCCUUAUAUAUCUGAUCACUAGUUCAAUCUUAUUGUUAUAUGUGCGCAAAAUACAACUAUACAAACUUA